GCUUCAAACAAACCCCUCAACAACCUACACUCCAGUGCAUCACAACUACUCAACCAAACAGGUUUACAAGAAAUUUAAACCUCACCAUGCAAACGUUAUCCCCGAAAAACCUCGAAAAUUUAUUUCUUGGCUGGAAUGUUGUUGAGCCUAGUGAGAAUUUAGCUUCAACAUCAUCAGCAGCCUCGCCAAUGCCCAGUUUCUCCGGACAGUACCCGAAAGAACUGGGCAAUAAUUGGAUGGACUAUCAAGGGAUCAAGAACUGGGAAGGUUUGCUUGAUCCCCUCGACGAUAGUUUACGUGGAGAAAUAAUCAGAUAUGGUCAUUUUGUUGAAGCUGCUUAUAGAGCUUGUAAUUUUGAUCCCUCUUCUCCUUCAUACGCCAUGUGCAAAUACUCGAAAAAGAAGCUGCUCCAAUUUUCUGGCUUUUCAGGUACUGGUUAUCGUGUUUCUAAGUACUUAAAAGCCACUAGCGGGAUACAGCUUCCAAGUUGGGUGGAUAAAGCACCUAAUUGGAUGGCCAAGCAAUCGAGUUGGAUUGGUUAUGUCGCAAUUUGCCAUGACCAAAGAGAAAUUACAAGACUCGGGAGAAGGGACGUUGUCAUUGCCUUACGUGGCACUGCAACUUGCUUGGAGUGGCUCGAGAAUCUACGAGCUACUCUCACCCCUCUCUCAAAUAAUUAUAAUAACAAUAACAAUAAUAAUGAAUAUUGUUCCAGCAUAUAUUCCGAUAGUUGUUGCCCAAUGGUCGAAAGCGGUUUCCUAAGCUUGUAUACGUCCAAGAUGGGCACACGUCCCAGUCUACAAGACAUGGUGAAAGAAGAAAUAGCCCGAAUCAUAAAAGCUUACCCAGGUGAAACUUUAAGUUUUACCAUCGCAGGCCACUCACUCGGGGCAGCGUUAGCUACCCUGAUGGCCUACGAUAUUAAACAAGCUUUGGAGGAGAUUCCCCUCGUUACAGUUAUUUCUUUUGGCGGUCCGAGGGUCGGGAACCUCAGCUUCCGACACCAUCUUGACAAACAAGGCACAAAAAUCUUGCGCAUUGUCAACUCCGACGACCUUAUAACCAAAGUCCCUGGUUUUGUCAUCGACAACAACAAUAAUAACAACAACAACGAUAACUUUACGAACAAUAAAGGUGGCCAUUGGAUCCAAAAGCUUGUGGAAGAUACUCAAUGGGUAUAUGCAGAUGUUGGGUGUGAACUGCGUCUAAGUAGCAGUGACUCGCCAUACCUUAAUGGGAUCAAUAUUGCAGCUUGCCAUGAAUUAAAAACUUAUCUUCAGUUGGUUAAUGGAUUUGUUAGCUCAAAUUGUCCUGUUAGAGCUACUGCCAAAAAGAUGAUGCAGAAAGCUAACUAUGUAAAAAGUAACAGAAAUGACGACUAA